AUGUCCAAGCCCAACACGCAUCCUUCCCUCGACAAAACUCAGUCACUCGAGGAGACGACCGGUUCGGUGCAUGUUGCCGAGAACCUGCACGCCCCUCAGACUUGGGGGGAGCGUUUCCUUGAGCUGAAGAAGUCAUGGCGUGCGACCUUGGCAUCCAUCGCAUGCUCAAGCUUGGCCGUGCUUAUCGGUUACGACUUGACGCUCAUUGGGUCCAUCAUCGCGAACCGCGAGUUUGUGAUACAAUUCGGACUCUACGAUCAGGACCUCCAGGUGUGGACUCUUCCUGCUAGUCGACAGCUGGUAUGGACCAUAUGCCAGUUUGUGGCUGCCAUUGUCGGGGCUUUUAUCGUCGGGACUCUCAACGACAUGUUUGGUCGCAGAAUCUGCUUCUUCCUCACUGUGGCGUUGACCAUGAUCGGAACCGUCACUGAGCUCUUCUCCCCUGACUGGAAAGUCUGGGUUGUAGCCAAGGUACUCUUCGGUCUGGCCAUGGGUUUCAUGCAGGGCAAUACCCCGACGUAUAUCUCCGAGCUGGCACCAAUCCAUAUCCGAGGCUUUCUUCUUUCCCUCUUUCAAUUCUGGAUUACCCUCGGCUCAUUCCUCGCAUCUUGCGUCUUGGAGGGGACGUCACACAUCCAGGGGAGAUGGUCAUGGAAAGCGGCAGUGGUUUCUCAGUUCGGCCUCGGCCUCCUAUCAUUUGCCCUGUUCAUCUUACUGGUGCCAGAAUCACCAUAUUAUCUGACCAGCAAGGCGCAUUACGACACAGCCCUCAAGGCACUCCAGACUCUAAGGGGUCGAGAGAGCGGCUACUCUGCCGAGGCCGACCUGGAAGUCAUCAAGACAACCAUCUCCCACGAGCGAGAGAACUCGGCAGACCAAGCAUCAUUUUUCGACUGCUUCAAGGGCGUCGAUCGCCGCCGCACUUUCCUGGCCUGCCUCCCGAUGGUCAUGCAGCAGUUUUCGGGGUUCCCUCUCUGCGGAAACUACUUGGCUUACUUCUUGAGCCUCUCGGGACUAUCCAACGCCUUCCUGAUUACAGUCAUCUCGAACCUUUUAUCCAUUGUUGCCAUCGGCGUUGCCUUCAGUCUAAUUGAGCAAGUGGGAAGACGCCCUCAGCUCCUCUUUGGCAUUUUCUUUAUGGUUCCCUGCCUUAUUGCAAUCUCUAUCUUGGGAUGGGUCGGCGUCGGGACUGGUGGUAACGGUCGAGCCCUGGCAGCAUUUAGUGUCAUCUGGAAUGUCCUCUACUUCCUCUCGCUCGGGGCCAUCGGAUGGACUAUCGUCGGCGAGAUCUCUUCUACGCGUCUGCGGGCCAAGACGACGGCUAUCGCCACUGCUGUGAACGCCGUUAUCAACAUGGCCUGGGCUAUUGCGAUUCCUUACCUGAUCAACGCGGACGAAGCUAACCUUGGCCCCAAGGCCGGUCUUAUCUUCCUGGGGCCACUUGUCUUCCUCAGCUUCAUCGCAUUUUGGACCGUUCCCGAGACUAAGGGCAAGUCUUUCUCUGAACUUGAUAACCUCUUUGAGAUGCGUACACCGGCUCGCAAGUUCUAG